CCCAUUUCAGCACAAAGAUUUCAUUGGGUGUUCUGAAAAUCUUCGAAAAAAAUCUUUCUUUUCCUUCUUUUCUUCUAAUUUUGUUGUUUUUAGCUGCGUUUUUAGCAUGGGUGUUCUCUUACUGAAUUCACUUCCAAUCGGAUUCCGAUUCCGACCUACAGACGAGGAGUUAAUCGAUUUUUACUUACGGGCCAAGAUAAACGGGGAGAAAAACGACGAGAUUGAAGUCAUUCGUGAGAUCGAUGUUUGCAAAUGCGAGCCAUGGGAUUUGCCUCACUUAUCCGCUAUAAAGACUCGAGACCCAGAAUGGUUUUUCUUUUGCCCCAUUGACCGGAAGUACCCAACCGGCAAAAGGCUCAACAGGGCGACCGAGGCCGGUUACUGGAAAGCAACGGGCAAGGAUCGCAAGAUUAAGUCUGGGUCCAGCUUGAUCGGCAUGAAGAAAACUCUGGUGUUCUAUAAUGGCAGGGCUCCUAGAGGAAAAAGAACCAAUUGGGUUAUGCACGAGUACCGUACUACCCUCGAUGAGCUUGACAGCACCAAGCCUGGCCAGAACACGUUUGUAAUUUGCCGUCUAUUCCAUAAACACGACGAGACCAUUGAAGAUAUCAACGGUGAUGAAGUUGAUCCCGCUGUGUUGUCUCCUGCUGAAGACAUGCUAUCGGUGUUAGAAUUGCCUCAAGACUCUCCGGUUGUAGAAGGUGAAGUCGGUGAAACUUGUCUUUCGGUUCAGCUCAGCUCAGUGAUUUCUAAAGCCGUUGAACCUAAAGUCGAGUGCAAUUGGGAUGACUAUAAAGCUUACGAUGAAAUGGAUCAAGCGGCGGAUAUAACCCCUGCAGAGGUGGAUCUACUUGAAGAAGCUUUGAAUCAUUUUUAUGAUUCCAUGGGGGAGCCACUAUUUUCUCCUUUGCACAAUCAGAUUGAAGCGGAGCAGGCGCCUUGGAUGUUUGAUCAUGUUGGAAACGGUUUCAGUGGGGUGGAGCUUCAGCAUGGCACAAAUGACAAUGAUGCAUAUAUUUCCAACUUCUUGGAUUCCAUCAUGAAUAAUUCCGAUGACUGCCACAGUGAUGACACUGUCAAUCAGAAGAAUUUGGAAUAUGAGAAUCCUAAGACCAUGACCUUCGGUAAGGAUGGCAGAUCAUGCAGUGAAUCAGAUGGUGAAGUGGCUGAAGUGCUGCUAGGGACAGACACAGUCAACAAGGGGGCUCCUCGAGGUAGCACACAAAACAUCAAAAUUCCGAUUUGCAUGCCAGACGUCAACUUUUCCAGCACAGUGCCGUUCUAUAAAGUGCUAAAUAGUGAUGGAGAAUUCAGCAACCAUACGGAUACAUCUUGUAAUGUUGAUAGUGCUGUCACUGAAAUCAGGAUUAGGUCUCUCCCUCCUCGAAGUCAACCGGACACUGGGAACUCCAUGAUACAGGGUAAUGCGCCAAGAAGAAUACGUCUACAGUGUAACCUUCAGGUCGGCGCACUUCACUGUAACGAUGGAAUAAACAACUGGAGUUUUGCAGACAAAGAUGAUUCAAAGUUAGUUGUUACAAAGGAGGUAGAAGUAGCGGAAAAGGGUAUCAUUGUUGGCUGUGUUGCUGAUCGUGGCACCAUGGACGAACCCCAUGAAAUACCCCCUUCUAAUUCGAGCAAAACUACUCUUUUCUUGUCGUCCAAGUCUGUUGUUUCAGUUCAUGAAGAGACUUCAUCUCGGUGGUCGAAGUUUUCAGCUCGUCGCUCACGUAAGCUAUUCACCGUUGUUUUCCGGGUGGCCAUCCUGUUAAUCUUGUUUUUAGGUUUGAUUAGCACAUCAAAGAUCUUGUAAUUCGUUGUGUAUAUAGUUCAUGCAUUUCAUUUUGAGGCCCACUUCUAGUUAGAAACUGCGGCAGUGAUUUUGAUUGCUCACAUUUCUGUAUAUAUCUAUUUAAUUAA